UGAAUGCGUAGUCCGCUAUUAAUUAAAUCGCGAUUAUUACUAGAAUGAUGUCUGUGAUGUUGAGCUCACUGAGAGCCUCUCUGGGGCCGGUGUGUAGGCAGAACAGAAGGUUGCUGCACAGUUCUACUGGUGUGUAUCAGUUCAACAAGCCAGUGAGUGGCUAUGUCAUGCCUCGCUCUGGUGGUAUCGCCACAACCUUCAGACUGCCACUGCAAGAGAACUCACCUCAAGGACUGGAUGCAUGUUUCGUGGGGAUACCCAUGGACACUGGAGCCUCCAACAGAUCCGGCACAAGACUUGGUCCACGACAUAUUCGAUAUGAGUCUGUUCUAAUUCGAGCCCUGAGCAUGUCUGGAGCGAUGCCGUUUGAUUCACUGCAAGUGGCUGAUAUUGGAGACGUCCCAAUAGUCCCCUACAACAUCCAAAGGUCAUGUGACAUCAUCACCGACUACUACAACAACGUAUUAAAGGCUAACUGCACUCCACUAACUAUGGGCGGGGAUCACACACUCACAUACCCCAUAUUGAGAGCAAUCAAAGAGAAGUACGGAGCAGUGGGUUUAGUUCAUAUCGAUGCUCAUCACGACCUUCAAGACGACAUGAUGGGAGAACCUAUUGCACACGGAACUCCAUUUAAAAGAGCUUUGGAUGAGGAAUUAAUUGACCCCACUAAAAUGUUCCAGAUUGGCCUCAGGGGAAGCAUGUACAGCUUUGAGGAGAUCCACGAUAGCUACACCGGGCCACAAAGUAUGGGCAUUCGUAUGGUUCUGGCAGAGGACUGCUGGCACAGGUCACUCAAACCCCUCAUGGUCAAGAUACGACAAGAACUAGGGGACACUCCCGCCUAUCUCAGCUUUGACAUUGAUGCAAUUGACCCAACAGAGUGCCCUGGAACAGGUACUCCGGAGGUGGCUGGUCUCACUCCUAUUCAGGGCAUGGAGAUAGUGAGGGGCUGCAGAGGACUCAAUCUGAUUGGUGCCGAUGUUGUUGAGGUGAACCCUCUGUACGACCCUAGUGGAGUCACUGCCAACAUGGCUGCCAAUCUCCUCUUUGAAAUACUGUGUGUCCUACCAGGAGUCAAGUACACGGACCCACCCACCAGCAACUUUGACUUCUAAAGCAACUAUCAUUGCUUAUAGCAAGCUCUUUAAACUACUUUAAUGUUACUAUUAUAGACGGGUAGUAAUUUCAGAUUUUUCUCUGUUUUUAGGGUACUAAUUUUGGCAGAUUUGUAGCAAAUUCAUUAGCAUAAUAUUAAAGAUGUAUAACUUUAA